ACUAUUAUCCAAAACGGAGAAUCCGAACAUCUGCGUUCAAAGCAGAGUGCUGGAAGCGGAGAAACCUAAACGUUGCGUUUUGACGCAGGUGGACGGAGAAGAGAGGAAACACAACCCCUGGAUUCCUGCUUGAGACGUCUUUCUUUAUUUUUCCUUUUUUUUUUUUUUUUCUUGUCUACACUUUCUCAGCAACCAAACGGAGGACUACUCUAAAACUGAUGGCUUUUAGAGGGCGCGGACGAGGACGUGGUGGAUAUGGACGUGGAGGUGUAGGAGGCUUUGGCAUCGCUAAGCAAGAGCCCUUUGUACUUUUUCCGGAUAUUGAAUUGCCUGAUGUCAGCAGCGUGCCUGAGGAGAAGAACCUAGUCAUUCGGAAUGCAAGGUUGCAAAAUUAUUGGAAAUCCUCUCCUUAUUAUCUUGAAGAUAUAGUCCCAAGGAAAAGCCAAAGCACAGACAUUGAAAGAUUCUCUGAUAGGGUCAAGCUGAGGACAACAUUAAAACGGGAUCCUCUAGAGCAGAUUCUAAGGCUCACUUCUAAUAAUUUUCCUUUAGAACUGGUCCAAGGUAUGAAGGGGGCAACACAUAAUAAAAGAAAAGUGCAGUGGAAUCCAGAGUCAGACAUGCAGAAGUUAGAGCUCUUUGAAAAGCUUGAAAAGAAGCUUGAGGGCCAAGAUGAGAAAGGUGGAAAGGAAAAGAAAGAAGGUGAAAAUGAGGAUGAAGAUGAUGAAGGAGGAGAAGAAGCUGCAGAAGAGGAAUUCAGUGAUGAUGGUGAUUAUAAUCAGAACAUUGAUUUUGAUGAUGAUGAAGAUGAUUUCAACAUGGAAGACGACAAUGACGAUGAAGCUACAUAUUAGUUGCCGAAUACCAGUAUGUUUACUUGGUUUUGCUCUGAAAUCUGUGGGCGGUUUUGCGCAAAGGAAGGCAUUUCUUCUCCUUUUGAUUGAGUUGAUUAGGUUUCUGGCUUUUACUUGUGUCCUUGGGCUGGCUUCUUUAUGGCUUUGAAUUAACAGAAAGAUAUGACACAUGUAUAUUUAGUCUUUUGCAUUUGGCUGUCUUGUUUGCA